UCGCGAGCCAGCCAGAAGAGAAUGGGACGAGACAGUCGCGCUGAGACCAAGAGCCGCGGCGGUACAUGAAGCUGCGAAAUCGAACAAAAUUAUUGCCGUUCACGUGUACAGACGCGUAAUUACCAGCCGAUCUAUCAUCUUCCGUCUCUUUACGAUUUAAUCGUGAUCGUAAACAAAUUUGCUAUGCUCUAUCGCCAGUGGAAAGCCUAUAUCGCGCGCGUACGAUCUUUUGAUCUAAAACUGCAAAAUUAAUUUUCUAUAGGUAAUUCCGUGAAACGUUCUGCAUUUCCUGUAACUCAAGUUACAGCUGUUGUAUCCUGUUACUCGAUAAAUAAUUUGAUCGCGAUAUGCAUCGAUAGAGAGCGUGUAAAGUGAAACAAUAAAACAAUAGCGUUUUGUAGCAAAGUGCAUUUUAGCUGACCCGUGACAAAUGCUUAUAGCAUGACGUCAAAUGCGAUUAGAGGCAUCAGAAGAAAGAAGAGUUCGCUGUGCGAAGUUAAGGUAGCUGUGAUAGGAGCUCCAGGAGUUGGCAAAAGUGCAUUGACAGUGAGAUUUCUGACGAGGAGAUACAUCGGGGAAUACGAUCAUCAAUCAGAAACCAGAUACAAACAUGAGGUACUAGUCGAUGGGGAACCAAUUCUUUUUGAGAUUUUAGAUACAUGUCCAAAGAGUGAGGAUGAGCUGCCAUCGAUGGAAACGUUACAAUGGGCAGAUGGCUUGCUGUUGGUCUAUUCGAUAACAGAUAGAAAUUCUUUUAAUUUUGUGAGAAAAGCGAAAGAAGCUCUCGCAGUCGCCGAUCCUGAAGCUGCGAUGCCUCUUGCUCUUGUUGGAAAUAAAGCUGAUAUGGUCCAUUUACGACAAGUCAGUACUGAGGAGGGAGAGAUAUUAGCGAAAGAUUUUGAAUGCUGGUUUAGUGAAAUAACUGCAGCUGAACAAGUCGCUCAAGUCGCGGAAUCUUUUCACGAAUUAUGCAGAGAAGUUCUUGCAGCUAGAAGAAGAAACAAACAAUCUUUGCUGGACAGAAUGCUCGGUGGUAAAGCAACACGUGCUUAUUCGAGAGGAAAAAGCGACUCUGCUUUACCGAAGGAUUAAUAUUGUUGCUCUAAGUAUUUAUACAGAUAUGAAAAAAAAACUUCAGAAAAAUUAAUACAGUGUCUGGAGAAAAGUAAAAAAAGGAAGUGGAGUAUUCAGAAAUAUAAUUUAUUACAUAAUGAAUGAAAGAAAAGCAAAGCAGUAAAUACCAAAGAAAAUAUCAGUUUUCAAUCUAUAGAAUGUAAUAAAAUUCACAUAUCAAUUGCAAUAGCACAUGUAUGAAUAAUUUAGAAUAUUCAUUGUAUCAUAUACGAAUAUUCAUAUAUCAUGUGCUGUUAGGAAUUUAAUAUAAAUGAAUCAUUUUUAAUAGUUUUGUAAUAUCCUUGUAUCACAAAAUAGUAAUAUAUUUUAUAACUUUUUUAUUGUUCCACCAAAUUAAACAAUCAGUUUUUUAGCUAAAAAAUCUUGAAAGACUGAUUGCAAGUGUGUGAUCAAUAUCUAUAUAUAGUUUAUAUAAGUGUUGUAACUUACACAGUUCUUUAUUUAUUUUGUACUUACAAUGUGAAAUGACAAUAAAUGUUUUACUUAUUUA